AUUGGGUUCCCCCAAUGGGCAGUAAAAGUAAGAGGAUGAAACAUCUAGACUACACGAGUAACCAUUCUGUCCGUUCAUCAAUAUCCUCUCCUUCAAGCUCCGACGAUUCUAAAUGCUUUUCCAAGACGCGUCAUCUCCACCGUCCUGAUGACACUUCCAAAAGAGACAAACAGAGGCAAAGGGAGAAGGCCAAGAAACAGAGGAGCAAAAGUGAGGCAAAGAGAAUGAAAUCGAAAGACAGCGAUAAGAAGAAGCAGAGAGCUUAUGAGAUUGAUGAUGAUUCUGGGUCUUCGAGCGGUGGUGAUCCGCAAGCGGUUCUGCGAGACUUGUUGAAGGAAUUUCCUAAUAUUGGGUGCGAUUUGAAGCAGCUUUUGCAAGUGAUCGAUGGGGGCAAAGCGGUUGACAUAAAUGGACUAGCUCAGAAACCUCUGAUCAAGCCUCUCAGGACUCUGUUCCUUUCCUUGAAUCUCAGGACUAGCUCAGAAACCUCUGAUCAAGCCAACCAAGCAGUUGUGAAGCUGAACAAGGCCUUUAAAGAGCUACAGGAUCCGGAGAAGCGGAGAGCGCUGGAUGAGAAGAUUGAGCUCAGGGAGAUGCAGGAGAGAUUCAUUGUUGAGUUGAGGGCAAUGCGGGAAGCAGCAAUGUGGAGAAAGAUGCAGGGGAUUUCCAUGGAGGGUGAUGAGGAGCUACUGGCAGGUGAUGUGAGUGGUGUUAAAGCGGCACGAAAAAGAGAUGAGAAAAUGACAGAGCUUCCUCCAGAGAGGAAACAUGGUAUGAGUACAAGGCAGUCGACAAUGUUUAGCAGGAGUGCUAAACAAGGGCGAGGGGAUACCAGUGGAUGGACUGAUGCUCCUUCUGAAAGAGCUUGGAAAGCUAAGAUGGAGUACUUACAAGCCUAUAAUGAGUUUGCAUCACUUGCUUCGAAUGAGGAGGAGAGGAAGAGGAGUUUAGUGGCAGAGUUGAUGGACAAUUACAAGAAAGAUAAACGAUCGAAAUCAUUGCUGCAAAAGCACCAAGAGGAGAUUAGAGCAAAGAGAAAAUACUCCAAGCAACAGGCAGAGGAGGAAGACUGGGUGGGGAAACAUCCGUGGAAGCCUUGGGACCGUGAGAAAGAUUUGGCAGGUGGUAGACAACGUGUGAAAUUGGAUUCAAAAAACAUGACUCGAGGUUUGUCAUCUCGGUUUUCUGGAGGAUCAUACCAGAGGAACUUCCUUUAGCCAUGAAAUGGGUACCAAAAAGCGCAAUGGAUGGUAGAAGGAUAUGAACAGCAGAUACAUAAUUCGUUUUAUUUCCUUUCUGAUCUCAUCACUCCAAACAACAGACAGAAGAAUACUACAGAAUAUUUGUGAGAACAAACUGUGAGUGUGCCUUACAUUAUACAUUACCAGCAAACAAAAACAGAAUAAGUACAAACCUAGAGAUAUGUCAUCUAGCUUCUGAGCCUUUGCUGCAUACGCAUUGUUAUCAUCACUGAAAGCCUACUAUGUACAUUUUCCAGAAUAUAGAACCACAUACUCCCAAAAAUCCUACAAUGAACCCAAGAACAACCGAAAGCCAUGGAAUUUGUUGCCCAUUAAUAUCAAGAAGAUAUUGAUUGUUGUCA